AUACGGUCUUUGUCCUACUGUAGGGCGUCUUACCUAUAAAUUUCGUUACACACUUCUUCCUUCGUUGAUCGUCUUCCCGGCUUCUCAGUGAUCUCUUGGCGGCAUCAGAACUGGUAAAGCGACGGAGCCAUCAUGGUUUACGUCAACUUUUACAGAAACUAUGGAAAGACCUUUAAGAAACCUCGUCGUCCUUAUGAGAAGGAGCGUUUGGAUUCUGAGUUGAAGCUUGUCGGAGAGUACGGGCUCCGAUGUAAGAGGGAGUUGUGGAGGGUUCAGUAUGCUCUGAGCCGUAUCCGUAAUGCUGCGAGAGAGCUUCUUACUCUUGACGAGAAGAAUCCACGUCGGAUUUUUGAGGGUGAAGCUCUUCUUCGCAGGAUGAAUAGGUACGGGCUUCUGGAUGAGAGCCAGAACAAGCUCGAUUACGUUUUGGCGCUGACUGUUGAGAACUUCCUGGAGCGCCGUCUCCAGACUCUUGUGUUCAAGUCGGGUAUGGCGAAGUCGAUCCACCAUGCUAGAGUGCUUAUCAGGCAGAGGCAUAUCAGGGUUGGAAGGCAGGUUGUCAACAUUCCAUCUUUCAUGGUAAGGGUUGACUCGCAGAAACACAUUGAUUUCUCACUCACCAGUCCUCUAGGUGGUGGACGCCCAGGAAGAGUGAAGCGAAGGAACAUGAAGGCAGCUGCUAAGAAGGCUGCCGGUGGUGAUGGAGAAGAAGAGGAUGAGGAUUGAACCUUAGUUUGACCAUUUUCUUGGUAAUAACAGAAAUCUGGAUCUCUGGUUUUGUGUUGGUGAUCUUACUUUUAGUUGUAGUUGGUGUCAAGUUGAGAACUCCCCAUUGAGGUUUAGCCGAGAAGUUUUGGUUGCGUAAUGUUAUGUACCUCAGGGCUCAGAUGUUGAGAAUCCUGAGUCCCCGUUCAAGUUCUCUGUAGGUUCAUAUGUGCUCUUUGUAGCUAGUCGUCCUUGACCAUUUUGUGGAGAAUUGUGAGUUUCUUUUUGCUAAUAUUAAGGAAUCUUGGGUAUAA